CUGGUUUUAUUCCCUCCCAUCUCACUCCCUCCGUCUCCCCCUGACGGCCAGUACAGGGUUAAAGUUGGUUCCCUAAACUCCCACAUAAGAAUCUCCUGGCAGCUACUCGUGAAGGCUUUAAAUACUGAUUUGACAGAUCACAUUCUAACUUGCAGGCACCAAGGAAAGGUCCCCGGGCUGCCUGCACCGUCUGCGCUGCCUGCGCUGCCUCUGCCGCAUUCCGCUCGACUCCGAACGGCGGCCACCGUGCCCUGGAGCUUCCCCACCACCAUGAUCACGCAAAGAACCUUACUCUUCUCCUUCGUAUUCCUGCCCUGGGUUCUUUCCUCCUUGGAACAGCCUUUCAGCUUUGAGGAGGAUACACUAUUCCAUGAUGAUGCACGCGCAACAGAGAAGGAGGCCGCCGAUUUCCCACCUGCCGACUUGCCGGACGACCCCUUUGGAAACCCAGCUGUAGGGGAAAGCAGUGAUCUGCCCACAUGUCUGCUGUGUGUGUGCCUGACCGGCUCAGUCUACUGCGAGGAGGUGGUUCCAGAUAUGACCUCUGUUCCCGCCCUGCCCAAGGAGACCUCAUACCUGUAUGCUCGCUACAACAAGAUCAAAAAGAUCACUGCCAAGGACUUUGCGGACAUUUUAACUUUGAAAAGAAUCGACCUGACGGGAAACGUCAUAACGGAGAUCGAGGAUGGAGCCUUCAGCAAACUCAACCAACUUGAGGAACUCACACUCGCCGAGAACAGGCUGGUCAAACUUCCCAUGCUGCCACAGAAACUGAGCUCCUUCAAUGCGAAUUACAACCGGCUUAGAACAAAGGGUGUGAAGGCCAAUAUAUUCAAGAAACUCAACAAGCUGGAAUACCUCUAUUUGGCUAACAAUGAGCUGGAGGCCGUCCCACAACUCCCAGAGAGCUUACGCAUUGUGCAUCUACAGAACAACAACAUCACGACCAUCAGCGAUGAAACGUUCUGCAAGGGCAACACAACCCAUUACAUCCGGGAAAAAAUGAAUGAAAUCAGACUUGAUGGCAAUCCAGUUGGCUUAGCCCAAUACCCAAACAGCUUCAUUUGCCUGAAGUCGCUGCCCCUUGGACGAUACUACUGAAACACCUCUGUACAUAGCUUAAUGAAGUGAAUUUGGAGAAACCCAGUUUAGCAAAGUCCAGUGAAGUCAAGUAUGUCUUCCAAACUAACUGCAUAACUACAAACAGAUACGUGCAAUUUACCCAGUAGCUUUUUAGGGUUUUUUUUCUGAAAGCUAGCCUUUAAUUUAUGCAGUGUCACUAUUCUGUUCUACAUUUGGCAUCAAAACAUUGUGCAAGUCAUGUAAUUAUCAACUUGUUGAAUUUUGCUAUUGUUGUUCAGACUUCCUUGACUUACAAAACAGACUAGAAAAAAUGCUUUUCUGAAUAACAGACCAGGACCCACCUUCUAUUGUAAAUACACCCAUCCUUUGUUGAUUACUGUUCCUGUCCUCUCAUACCAAGAGGUAAAAGCUUUUUGCUUUUCCUGGGGUUUCUGUGAAUGACCUUAAUUUCAACUUUUAUUAAUUCAAAGAGCAAAAUGUACUUACUAGGUAUGUGUAAGACACUUAUACUGUAAUGUGAGUUACUCAAAGAGAUUUAUCGAGAAGCUAUCACAAGUGUUUUUCCCCCACUUGAUUAUUUCUCUGAACUUGCAAGUAAUAAAUUUAGAAAUGACUACCUAUGUGAACAAGUAGGCGGUACGGUAUAACGUUUGUGACAUAGCUAAUUUUGUUUAAUUAUUUUAAUAAAAUGAACUUUUUUACAUUAACAAA